UGACGGAAAUACAAUAAUUCACCCUCACUCUGUGUUUGCGCGUGCAUGUGAGUGGAUGUAAUAAUUUUGCGAAUACAGAAAGUUUAAUAUUUUAGAAAAUUAUAUUCUCUUAAUUAAAUUUUGUCGAUAAAAUUAAUCUUAGUAUUUAGAAGUGAAAAAAAUGUCGACGAAAUCUUCAGUCGACUUAAGAGCCGAAUUAGCAGAACUUGUAAAACGUAAAGCUGAGAUUGCUGAUACUUUAGCAAAUUUAGAACGUCAGAUAUAUGCAUUCGAGGGAAGUUACUUGGAAGACACACAAUUAUAUGGCAAUAUAAUACGAGGAUGGGACAGGUAUUUAGCGAGUAAUAAAAAUACCAAUAGUAAAGCCGAUAAACGUAAUAGAAAAUUCAAGGAAGCCGAAAGAUUAUUUUCUAAAUCUUCUAUUACAUCCAUGGCAGCUGUAAAUGGUCUUGUGGAAAACACGCAAGAAAAAAUUGAACGAUACAGUGAAUCGGAGUCUCAAAUUGGAAACAGUGGCAGCGAGGAUAAUUGCAACUUCAGCAAUUCGAAUACAAUAUCUAGUAAUAACAAGGAAACAAGUGGCAAGAAUCACACUUCCGCGCAACCUGGAUAUACUCAAAAUAAUGGCACUGUUAACAACCCCGAUUCUGGUUCUACCCCUUUCUCAAAUGGACCUAUGUCCAAUGGCAACAUAGAACAUGUUCCUACGCCCAUCAAGGAUUGUCAUAAUAACAGCAAAGACUCGAAUAAAACCAAAUCUACGAACAGUGCUAAAAAAAAUAGUAAUAAAAGAUCGAGAAACAGAUAGAAUUAUUAAAACGAAUUAAAUGGAUUGUCGGUGUUUACAGGGGGAUUAAAUAAUUCUUUGUGAAUGAAUUAUUAUCGUUCAUACGCAAAGUAACUCUCUAACCGUAACAACAUUUUGAUAUUAACGCGAGUAUCAAUGUGUAUCAAAGUAUCGACAUUAGAAAGGAACACAUGUUGUUGUUUGUAAAAGAUAAUAGUUUUCCAUGAAAGAAUAUGAAACUUUGUUUGAAUCGUUCGAAAUGAACGUGUUUACGAUUAAACUGUUUGAACAUUUAUAUAUUUGAUGUGUGAGAAAGGAACUAAUUUUUUAGCGUACGAUUUGCGUUUGAUAUAAAAAUAAAAAGAAAAGAAACAAAAAAAAACCAAUAAAAAAAAACAAAAAAAAAAAAAACAAAAAGAAAACAAAAAAGAAAAUCAUGAGAGAACUACGUCACUUCGACAUUCUAUCUGUAAUUGCAGUCAUCGUCAUUGUUAUAUAUUUUUAAGUUUUUUAUAUCGAUUAUGGACACCUCUAAACGGAAACGCGGCGCAGUAGUAAAACCGAGAGAGAAAGAGAGAGAGAGAGAGAGAGAGAGAGAGAGAGAGAGAAAGAAAAUAUUAUGUGCGAGUAUUUUAGAAAAAGAUAAUAAUGAAUAUCAUCUGAAUGUAAACACAUAUUACCUCUGUCCGAAUGUAGUAAACAAAUCUACAUAUAUGUAUAUUAACGAUACAUCUCAAUUCGUCCAGCUGUUAACAAGUAUUAUGUGUGAAUACUUUAUUUUAUUAUUUUUGUAUUAAAUAUUCUUCAUAUUUCUUACAUCUUGCUCUCUUUUUUGUUUUUUAUUUAUUUAUUAAUUUUCUUUUUUAUUUAUUCGUUUUUUUAUUAUUAUUAUUUAUUUAUUUAUUUUUUUUUUUUUUAAAUUAAGGUCCUCGAUCCUUCUGUAUAAUAGAUUUUCUAUCUAUGCAGAGUUAUCGUUUAUAGAUAAUAAUAAAAGUAUUGAAUAUAAACUAACUUUAACAUACAUGAUUAAGUACCUCAUAUAAAUAUAUAUAUAUAUAUAUUUAUAUUUAUAUAUAUGUAUAUAUAUAUAUAUACACUAUGUACCUUAGAAUCGUUAAAGCACAGUCUGGAUUAUGCUUAGGCGUCUUUAAUAAGUACAAAUUUGAAAAAGCCUCAUAGUCGUUAAUACGUUUUCUUCUGAUUAAUUUCAAGGAACUAUCGUUACACUCCGUCGAUCCUUUUAUGUUCCUAUUUAAAAAAAAAAAAAAAACAAAAAAAAAGAAAAGAAAA